AUGCCUCUUCUUGCGGAGCCCCGGAGCUCGUCGCAAGAGGCGCUCCUCCGCCUCGAGAAAGGUAGCGAUUCGCCGACUACUCAACUACACGAAGCGGCACAAAUCCUGGGCAUCGAUUUAGCUCUGUGUGAGAGCCACCCCGAGACACACCGGAAUGGAAAUGCAUAUAGCGCGGCCGCCCCCAAGGAGGAGUGGGUACUACGAUGGUUGUUGAAGAAACUAAGAAAUGGGAAAAACUUCCGAGUCGAACCUGAAUCAUUCCUCUUGCUGCGCCAGCUCAUCGAUCGGAUCACACCCAAGAAUUUGGCGACCAUUUUAAGGGACCAGAAGUUUCUGUCUGUUCUCUGCGAUACUGUGUCCGACGUGGAGACGGAUGUAUCCCUGACUGUUGGCGAUGGAGUGUCAAUUCCUAGCGCAGCUUCCGACUCAAGCCAUACUUUGACCGGCUCCCCACCCACAGAGAGUCGAGGGUCACACGGCACCAAGAGAAAGAGAAGUGGCGACGAUGGCACAGAUGCCAUGGAUAUCGAUGAACAGCCACAAAGCCCCGCCUCUUGCUUCCUCGCCUUCAUUCGCGUCUUGGAUUGUCUGUACGGAAUCGUCAUGUUAACGCAGCAGACACUGAGUACCGAUGAAACCGCUCAUUCCCAUCUAAAACUGGCUCUCAGAGGGGAGCCAGAGGUGGUUGCUGGUUUGCUGGGAAAGGCGCUCCAGGUGUCGGCUGUGGCUAUCGCUCAAUUUGUGCACGCUGGGCAGACGACCGAUCUGCAGCACUUGAUUUUUGUGUUCCCCUCAAUGCUCGAAUUGUGGGAUUUGAGGUCCUACCGUCAGGAUGAUACCGAUCACAAAGCAAGUAAUGACUGUUUUGCGGAGACUUGCUUUGCCUAUGCCCUCAGACUCCAGCUCUGCUUGCGGGCCAUCAAACUGGAUACUGAUGAAAGAGCCCAUCUUCUCCACGCAAUUGAGCGAAUUAUCGCAGUCCAUGUACUUCUUCCAGCACGAGCGGCUUUCUUCGCUCGUGGUGGCUCCGGUAUCGACUAUUCGAAAGAGGAUCCCGAUUGGAGCUCGGUUAAACCGGUAACGGACACAUUUCGGUCAAUCAUUCGGGAGCCCACUGUGGCUCAUCAGCCUGCGGGUACCUUGAGUGAUCAAUCUGUCUACCCUGCCUGGAAAUCGAUUGAGCUUCUACCUGAACUCUUCGAUAACGCUGUUCGUGCGGUUCCGAGAGAUGAUUUCCGUCGACAAACCGCGGAGGCUCCGUGGUUGGAGACAUUGUUUGUUGCAGUUGCGGAGUUAGCGUAUUCUACGGCGAAAGACGACGAGCCAGAAACGUAUUCUUCUCGCUUUGUCUCGGUGCUGGAGGAACUUCUUCGUGUGGCUCUUUCCCGAAAUGUUGGCCUAUCGCUUCAUACUCUUCUGACACAUGCUGGCUACACCGGCCUUCUUCAAGAGGGUUUGGAGCAUGUGCAGUGGAAUGUGACUGCAUUGAUCAUUAGCUUGGGUGUCGACGUAUUUCUUCCUAACUCUGGCCUGCGUGACUCUCGCAAGCUACUGGAUGCAUUGCUCGAAAAAAUAAAGCUCCAGUGGCACGAAUGUGACACCGAGAAGAGCGAAUACGACGUUGUGAAGAACGAAGUUGUUAUCCCUCUUCUUCGCGGUUUUGCAACUGCCCGAGAUCUCCCGGUUUUCACAGAAGUUUGGCAAGGACAGUUGGUAAUUUUCGAGGAGGCUCGUCAUCAAGACAGCAACCUUCCACCCUUCUCGGUAUGGGAAGACGAUGACCUGUGCAACAUUUACGGUGACUUGGUGAAAACCUCCCUCACAGCCUCGAAUAUUGCCGCCCAGAUGCAAACCGCCGCCAAAGAGAUUAAGGCUUCUGAUGGUAAUGUCUCUGCAGCUUCUGAAUCGUAUGCGAAGUUCGUCAUUACGGAGGCUAGCUUCCGAGGAAAGGCUCUGGUUUUCACCGAUUCGGAGAAGACACUGCCCGACUUCCUAGAGACGUUGACUACUACUCUAUCUUCGAAGCAGACCCUUCACUGGCGUUGGCGUUUGUGGCGAUUCUUGCGAAAUGUUCUCCGCAAUAAUAUGCAAUCGAGCGACAAUGCUCUCAAGGAAGCAUUCCAACCCUUGGGAAACGUCGCCUCAAAGACAAUCCAACGCAACCACAGGCAUCUCAAGAAAACGCCCCUCGCAGCAUUAGAAUCCUGGGAGGCUUAUCGCUUCAUCUUGAUGGUUGUCAAGGGAAGGCCUAGCAAAGAGCAACUGGAGAUAUUCACCGUGGUAUCCGAAAAGAUUACCGAUUUCAUCGUGUCAGUCUCACCCGGUGAUGCUAAGAAAUCGAUGAAAAAACCAUGGAACGGCCGAGUGGAGACUCUGAAUUCCCCAGCGGACCUGGCCCUGGCGUAUAUCCUGGCGAAUCUCAGGGCUCCAGAAAUCUGGAAGCAGGUUGAGUUCGACACACGUUCUCGUAUGUUCGAGCACCUCCUCUCCCUAGCUGCAGCUCAGUAUCAGUCAUCAUCCUUGCCGUUGGAGGCAGUCUCGGAUGACGCAAGAUUUCUUCAAGCAUGGGCAAGUAUGGUUUGCCAUGAGUAUUUGCUCAGCGUUCAGGUCAUUGUACCUGAUUUGGCUCUCCUUCUCAACAAGAGCAUUGAGAACGAGUCUCCCAACCGCCGCCUUUACGUGGAGAGCUUGCAACGCAUUCCCGCCUCGUCGAUCACUCGCGGUCUUCGAACUGUUCUUCUGGACAAGUUACACAAUGUUGUUCUUCAGCAGGAUAGUGCACCGGAAGUUAUGGUUGGACUGCUGGCCAUGAUGGCCAAGCUGGCAGCAAUGCCAAAAUGCGAUGCCGCCGUAACGGGUGACUGGGAGCCAAUCUGGACUGCAGCUCGUGCUAUUACUCUGGGCGGAACUGAUUUGGAUCUUCAAAUCAUGAAGUCUUUCCGUUCCCUCCAUCGUGCGAUCAUUGCAAAACUCCUGGUAUUGUCUGAGGAUGAUCGGAUCGAAUCGUUCAAGAAGCUCUUCGCAAGGGUCUCCAAGCAGGCUUCUAAGUUGCGUCAAGUUGAUCGCGACUCCAUGGCUUGCUUCCUUCUCCGCCUAUCUCUUUCAGAACUAUGGGUUCACCGCGCAAAACUACAAAAGGCAUUUUCUGCCGAAGAGUUGGACUCUUGCCGUCAAAGUGUGUUUGGCUUGGUAUUGACGGAAAUGAAAUCCGUCAAAGACCAAUGCAGGAAACAGAAGUUGGAAGAGACCAUCACUCUUAUCAAGACGAUCGAUGCUCUGGAGGACUUUGAGGAUAUGGCGGUAAACAAUAUCGAGGUGGAGAAGUUCUUAAACAAGAUCGAGCAUUACAUGGAGAUGUCGAUCGAUUCAGGCCCUUCUCGACUAAUUCGCCGGCGUCUCUUGGCAACCAGAGGGCCAGAGAAGAGCAUCACCGACCCAGUGCUCCGAUGUGCUGAGACUCUUACCCUACAGUCGCUCUACGCUGAGGACCAGCAACUAUUUAUCCGUGCCACCACUGAACGAUUCCGCUCUAUGCCCGCAGAGCGCAUCGGCGAGGCUAUCCGCGACAUUCGAAGAUUGGGCCUAGUUGGAGAAGGAUCUGCCUGCCGACUUCUGGUAGUUUACCUCGCUCUUAUCACUCUUCCGCCUGUCGAAGACAAGGAGACUGCAGUGGCUCGCGAGCUUUCCCUCCUUUGUACAGCUCUGGGUGAGACCGUCAUGCACAGCACUUCCAUCGACCAGUUCUGCUUCGCAACGGAGUGCAUCACCUUGCUCCUUCGCGUUCACGCUCGCGCUCUCGCGCAAUCCAACAUCGACUCUCUCCUUACCUCUAUUGCGGCCUCGGCCUCGAAGGCCGGCCCUCGCAUCUCACCCAAGUAUGCGCCUACCAUCUUCACCCGCCUCUGUCGUCUCUUGGGCACAGUCCUCGGUCUGCAGCGUAUCAAAAUUGGUGGCCGCUAUCAUAUGGUCAACAUUGCGAUGUUCCGGCUUUUAGGGUGCCUAUUUGCCCGAUCUCGCAAGCGCUCUCGUUCUGGCCGCCCCCAACCCAACUUUUCGCAGCCGUUCUGGCUCGCCCCGCUCGGGGUUUCCCACGCCACACACUACACUCGUCUCCUCACUACACUUUGUGACCCGACGCUGUCCGCUGUCCUUCGUCCCCAGCCUGGUGCCUCGCGUGAGGCUCUGAUUGACGAAACCAAGAAGGCAAAGAGCAUCGCCGGUCAGUACCUCAAGUACGUUGUCAUGGAGUACGCACAGUGCUCUCUGCGCGGGGCACUCUUGCCUGAAGUCAAGGCUGCACUUAUGCCAGGUCUGUACGCUGUGCUGGAUGUGAUGUCGAAGGAGACUUUGAGAUCACUGAAUGCCGGAUUGGAUGCCUCGAGCCGGGCCGUGUUCAAGUCUCUUUACGAAGACUAUUACAAAUUCGGAAAGUGGAACCAGGCGUGA